CCGGCGAUGGGCGGUCCUGGGGCCGGGCGCGGAGGCGGAGCGGAGGCGGGGCCUGGGUCUGGUGGAGGAUUUGGUGGGUAGGUGGGUUCAGACCGAGGGAACUACGGGUCGGCGUUGGGCUCACUGGGCUCGAAACAAAGGACUCUGCGGACGGGACUCGGCGCGGCGCCUUCGGACCGGCAGCCGAGCGGCCGAUCGACGCUCCCGGGCCACCCCGUGCCCUGUCGGCGCCGUCCCGGCCGCUUCCCCCGAGCACUCCCCGCCCGCGCCGCGGAGGGGCCCCGCGCAGCUGCACCUGCUGCUGAGGGACCCCGCGGCCGGCCCAGGUGCCCAUGAUGGGGCUGCUCUUCGCCAAACUGUGGAGCCUCUAUCUGUAACCAAGAGCACAAAGUGAUUAUAGUGGGACUGGACAAUGCAGGGAAAACUACCAUUCUUUAUCAGUUCUUAAUGAAUGAAGUGGUUCAUACAUCUCCUACCAUAGGAAGCAAUGUUGAAGAAAUAGUUGUGAAGAACACUCAUUUUCUUAUGUGGGACAUUGGUGGUCAAGAGUCACUGCGGUCAUCCUGGAACACGUAUUACUCAAACACAGAGUUCAUCAUUCUAGUUGUUGAUAGCAUUGACAGGGAACGAUUAGCUAUUACGAAAGAAGAAUUAUACAGAAUGUUGGCUCAUGAGGAUUUAAGGAAGGCUGCCGUCCUUAUCUUUGCAAAUAAACAGGAUAUGAAAGGGUGUAUGACAGCAGCUGAAAUAUCCAAAUACCUCACCCUUAGUUCAAUUAAGGACCACCCAUGGCACAUUCAGUCCUGCUGUGCUUUAACAGGAGAAGGGUUAUGCCAAGGUCUAGAGUGGAUGACCUCCAGAAUUGGUGUGAGAUAACUGUUUUGCUUGAAAGAGACUGCUCUAUUUAUUCUGUGACAUGAACAUUUUUUCCUAGUAUCUUUGGCUGCUAAGGCAGCAGCAUGUUUAAUUUAUAACAACACAAACCUCUAUGAGCAACACUUGAAUCAAGUGCAGCUGAACUGGAACGUGGAAGAUUUUUUCUUAACUUUUUUUUAAUGCACUAAUCUUCAGUUGGAUGAACACUAAUGUAUAACUGUGUUUUCAGCAACAGAAUUUUUCUGACUGCUUAUUCUAAUUAUUCAAUGACUGCCUUGUAAGAAAUGUUUGUCAUAUGUCUAAUGUUUCCUGAAGUAUUGUAAUGACUUUAAUGACCAAGUUCUCUCAUUUCUUGACCACCCCUCCCCCACCAGAUAAUGACUGGUUUGACAAAGUAUUAGAGGAAAUCAUUGGGUACUGCUUGCAAACUUAACCAGCACUAAGUAUUUGCUCCCUCUAUAAACCACUUACCUUUUGGACAGAACUUAUAGAGAAAGAAAUCUGCCUAGAAGAUAUAUGUGAGGAAGAUUAAACAUCAUGAAAAUUGACUUUAAAUGAGUUAACUCCUCUACAUUAUUGCAAGUCAUGGAAUAAUUUUAAGUUACUGUUAGCAUGGAAAUUAUGUAGGCUAUUAUCUAAAAGAAUUAAGUCCACAUUUCUGCCUAUAACAUGGCAUUUGUUUUGGUUAAAAACUAAUCAAGGUAAAAUAUUUGUUUAAAUACCCUUCUUUGGAUAAACAUGGUAUUUUAAGAAUGCUGCAUUAUUCAAUGCAUAUAUAAAUAUUGGUAGUUAUUAAAGCAUACCAGCAUUAAUAUUAAAACCAGCCACUUGGAAUAUAUUUUACUAUAAAUUAUCAACAACUUUAUUAUCAGCCUAAAGUUCAACUAUUCCAUUUGCAAGGGACAUCCCAUCUGCUUUGGGCAAAGCUAAAACAGAAUAUAAAGAGUUCAUUUUAUUUCUUAAAAUUCGAAAUUGUGUCUGUAAUAUUCUUACUACCACCAGCAGUAUAUUACUUAAAAAAACCAUAUGGCUUUUCUUAAAUCUAUUUGAGGUUGUAGUAAUAAGCUUGAAACAAUUUUCAUCUUUAUUGUUAUGCCUCUUGCUCUAAAGUCUUUUGCUGGAGUAUAGGAAAACUGCUAAAUUUAAUCCUAGCUUUUAGAAUAGUAUUAUGAGACUCAAAGUUAAUAUACUAACAACUUAUAAAUUUAAAAAAUAGGAAAAAAGUCAUAACUAUCAAAAGUGUUUAUUUGAUAAUAUUUAAAAGUUUUCAAGGCAGUUGUCUAAUAUGAACAAUAAAUAAUGCAUACCUUGAGGACAGGUAUGGUAAUUUUAAUCCUCUUUAUCUUAAAUGUAUGAUUUUGCUAUAAUGAAAGGGAUAAAAUACAUACUUAGAGAAUAAUAAUACUUCAUCUUCGCAGUAUUUUUUUUUCAUUUGGGUCAAAAAUAGGAUUCAGUGUUCUUAAGAAUAUCAAAAUACCUGUUCAAAGAUGGUAUUUUAAUUCUAUUUUUUUAUUAUAAGUUGGUUUAAAUUUUGCUGUUUUCAGGUAUAUUUGAUUUAUUCUAUUUAGUCUAAUUAAUAUGUAGUUGAAUGUGGUAAUAAUUUUCUGAUUUCUAUUUAGUGGUAGCACACUCGAGAACUGAAAAAUGGCUAGAUGAAAGCUUUUUGGACUUUGGGAACUAGUUGUUAUUAACAUUGUUUUGAACCUUUUUCUUAGUGAUUUCAUAGCAGAUAGAGGAUAAAUUUUCUUUUUAAUAUAACCCAUAAUCAGGAACCUGAGAGAAGAGUAGACAUAUCAAUAUGGAUGCUUUGUGGUGUGUAUGUGGCAGUGAAACUAAGAGAGAUUAUGAAAAUACUAUUUACCCAAAGGACACUUAUCCAAAUUCUUCUCUUGGUUAUACAGUUUAGCUACAAAUACUGAGUAUAGUUCUCCUAACUCUGUCCUGAGAAAAAACAUUAAUACUCCUUGUUUAUACUUUGAAAUUUGUCUUGUAUCUAAUAAGAUUGGCUGGCUCAAUUUUCACUUAUCAAAUUAUAUGUUUAUUUUUUUUUAUAUAUUACCAUGUCAGCAUUAUAUUGAAAGUGAACAACUGCUAGUAUAGAUUCAAGUUUGCUAUUUAAUUUUUAAAAUACAAUUUAUUUUAUUUUCUGAAUCCUUUUAAAAAACAUUUUGUUUUGGAUUAGAAAUAAUUUAUGUUAGCUGUGUGUUGACAAUGAAAUGGCAUUCAACUAGAUUUUGUGCCGAUUGGGAAUUUGAGAAAUUAAUGUAAGACUUUUUAAAAGUAUAUUAUAGGUUCUAAAUAGAUAUUUCCUGUUACAGUAAUAUAAAAACUGAUUACCUUUUACUCCAAGAGAAUGUUUUGACCCAACCAUGUAUCUAAUGCUAAAGCAUUGAUUCUGACAUUCAUUGUAAAUCAACAAACUCUAGGAUAUUGUCUGAUGAAAAAUGUAAAUUUGUAAUUAGUGCCUAUAUUCAUAUUUUAAGAUGAGUUUUCAAUUUUGUACUAUACCUUUUCUUUGGAAAUCAAGUUAGCAGCUAAUUAACAGUGAUAUUAUUGGAGUUUUUAUCCUACCCAUCAACCCCUCAAUUGCCUAGCAAAGUUUCUCGUAGAUAGUGGAAAGCAAGGGACCUACCAACAUUAGUUUAGGGAGGUUAUUGUACAUUUUGUUUUUAAUUUGAGUGCAAAGAAACAAUGUUAUCUUUUAAAUAUGCUGUAACUAAAAUGUAAUUGCUACCCUAACAAGUUUAAAUAUGGUACUUUUCUUAAUUUUGAGCAUGUUGUGUUCAUAUUUAGCCUCAUCUCUCUUAUUGAAACCUUUUUGAGAACUCUUAGAAUUAACAGGCCCUUUUAUAUGGGGUUAUACUGCAUAUUUUAUAUUGUUAGUGUAAUUUAAUUUUUUAUAAUCUGAAAUAAUAUAUAUCUAUAAUCUAUUGAAAAGCUCAUUAAAUACAUAACUUUUGCUUUUAGGUUCUGUGUUAGUAUGCUUAAAGGUCUAAUUUUAUUCUAUGUUCAUUGGAAGAAAGAUAACAAAUUCAAGUUUUAGUGUUAAAAAUAAUUUUUACACAUGCACAACCCCUAUAGCCAUAGUCAUUUUCAUUAAGCAUAAGUUAACUUUCAUUAUCUAUAAGAUAAAGAGAAAAUAUAUAUUUCUUUUCCUAUGGAAACAGUGAGUGAUAUAGGCAGCAGGCAUACAAUAUUUUCUGAAGAGUUAUGGGGAGUCACAAAGCAAAUAAAAUUUUAAAGAAAAUAAAAUACUGCAGAAAAAUUUUUGGUGUGGUGAAAAAAAAAAGUACUGUUGUUAUGCUUAUAGAGCUGGGGGAAUUCCAUUGACAUUUAUAUUUGAAGACCAACUUCAUGAGUCUGACUUUUCAUCUGUGGCUUUGGAUCCAAAACAUUUCAUAUCCUUUAUAUUUUGUCAGGGUAAAGUCAUUUCAAGAUACAGUAUGGUAAGGAAAGAAAAACAAAAUGAUAUAUAGCAUGAUAAUUUGUAUCCGGUAGAAUAUUUUGCUAGCUAUCUAAAGGAUGGAUUUGAAUCUUAGUUUGGCCAUUACUUGUCUAGUUGACCUUCAACAAUUACUGUUUGUGCCCUCCCUAUUGUUUUUCACAUACCCAGGAACUUACGCUAGAACUUCAACAUGUCUUUUGAUUUUAAAAUACUGAAUCUUCAUAUGCUACAUUAAAAUUGAAAAACAAACAAACAAAAAAAUACAUGUACUGUGAAAUUAAAUUCAUUUUAAUCUAUUUUUUUAUUCCCACCUUCUAAUUUCAUUUAGUAUAUGAAUACAAUCGAAUAAGAAAAUAAAUUUCAACUAGUAACUGCUAAUCAACUUAAAUUGAGCUAAUAACAAUGCAAAAGAGAAAAUAAGCCAUAUUGCUAAGAGCAUGCUAGUAAGCUGCUUAGGAAACAACAUAUUCUGCUGGUAAUACGUACUCUCUUCUAGAAAAUGCCUUGCUUUCUUGGCUUUUACUUAUUAGAAGGGGUUAGUUUAUUCAGAGUUUAUUGGCCUCAUGCCAUCUCAAACUGCAGUUCUGUUUGACUUUCUAGCAUUGAAAGGAUAGUACAGCCAGAAUGUCAAUAUUUUACAAACAUUAAAUUUAUUUAGCAUUACUGUGAAGACUGAAAUCCAAAAGUCAGGUUUCUAAGAAGUAUUUUUUAAGAGUACUACGUGGCCAAAACUAAAUAGAGAAGGCCAAUAAUUUCAACUACUUUAUAUUUAAGGUAGAAAAAUUAUUGUAGUCAGCAGACCUAAAUUCAGCUUUAAAUGUAUAUAGUUGGGGGAAAUGUUAAAUUUUGAGAGGUAUAGAGGCAUACCUAGAAACAAAUCAAAACACUUGAUAGUGAAGAUAAACAUGAGUAGAAAAAUCUUUAAAAGGAUAUUAAGUAAAUAGAAAAUUUGAAAACUAAAUAUCCCUCCCUCCCCCCGCUUAAAACUAGACCAGAAAGUACAUUAUUUUACUGUAGAACUGGUUGGACCUAUGUCAUUUUUAAUGUGGCCAAAGGAUUGAAGACUGAUCAGGUUUUUAGAAUUUGGGAGUGUAGUCACAUAGAGGCAUCUUUUGCAUUUUUUUAAAUCAGUAAUCUACAUUUUCUCUCAGAAAUGGUGAAAUGUGUCGUGCAUGUCUUUUGAAAUAGAAAAUAGUUCUAGAAGACGAAGUGUUCUCUUGCACAUACUUACAAAAUUUUAAUUUGAAAAUUACCUCAUUUUCCAAUCCAUAAUAAGGUGCUUUUGCUCAAGUUUGUGGGAUGUUAAACCAUCCCAUAAAUACCCCUUCACCCAAACUCUAUUUGAAAUAUGCAAAAUUCACAACUAAGGGAUAGUAUUCCUUGGAGAUUUUUAUUUUAUUCUUGUUUACCACCAGCAGGGCUAGCCUGGCAUAGCAGGUCCGAAUAUUGUCUUCAUUAAAGCAAAUGAGCAAGUUCUCAGUAUAUGAUUAGUUUAAUAUCAAAUAGGGGAAGAAAAAACCCUAAAAUCUGAUUAUAUUAUACUGUGAAUAUAUUUCCACUGGUGUUGGUAAGCUAUCAAAUGACUAUCAGCUGAUCUUGAUUAUAAUUUAUUUACAUAUUUUGGACCUAUUCAUAAGAUAUUUUAAUCUUACAUUUUCCCUCAGGACAUUCAGGGACUCUACAACCCCUAUGUUCUCUUGGAGUAAACUGUUCAGUGUAAACUUUUCAUUUUGAUUUUUAAAAAAGUUUUAACUGUUAUUUCAUUAAGAGUGUGAAAUAAAAUUAUGGUUAUAUUUUUUCCAAUUAUGUAAUAGUUAUAAAUUUUACCCUUUUUAUCUAUUGCACAGAACAUGGUUUAAAAAGGGAAAAAUUAAAAGCAACAGCCUUGCUCUUGCAUUAUUCUAAUCAGAAUAUAAUUAAUAUAAUCACAUGUUGCCAUCUUAACAUAAAGUGGUGCUUUAGAGCAUUAAGGAGGAAACAGCAGGCCCUGUAUAAUGUACUUUUGCUUCAGAAUGUAAAACUAUAAAGUGUCUAUAUUUAUGUUCAUUUCUUAAGAUUUAAAUACAAGCCGUUGUUCUUCAAGCUAAAGGCUUUCUGCAAAAGCUGUAACAAUAUCUUAGCUAUUACGCUUGGUCAAAUAGAAGAUGGUGUUAAUAAGGCCAAAAUUAUGAAUUGGAACUCUGUGGGUACCCUGAUUGUACAGAGGGGGAAAAAAUGUCUUUCACACCACAGCCUAUGCUUAACCUCAUCCAAGCAGCUGAAAUGUGUGCUAUUGAUCCAUUAUAUAAGCAUUAAUUUAAAAAUUUUAAAAAGCAAAGCAUUUACAUCAUCACUUGAAAAUGGUUCAAAGCAUGUGCUUCUAAUGUGGGUUAUUUAAAAGACAUGUUUUAGAUGUUUAAUAACUUCAUGACUGUCAUAAAAGGCUUCUUUGAUGUGUUAAGUUUAGGUUGCUGCUACUUGUGAUUUUUUAUGUCUGCAAUUACAUUAUGAGUUGCUUGCAUGUCUACAUACUCAAGUAAAAGGAUGCUGUUUACUCUGGAAUGUUCAUCGUUUAGACAAAUUUUGCCUCAUUUGCAAUCAUGGUGCAAUACAGUAUAACAUUCAUUUGUUUUCAGUCAACAGUUUUAUUUUUUUCAUAAUAAAUAAUUACUUUUCCAAUA